UAGAUUGGUUGAGGUCCAGUCUGGAGGGGGACCGUUUAAUGGGCUGUAUUAGUGAGCUGGCCAAGAAGUGGCAGUGGUUUAGGUGGGGUAGUGGCAGCGAAGGUGGAGAGAAGAGGUGGAUUUAGAGGACAUUUAGGAGGAAUAAACAGUGCUUGGUACUUGAUUUUGUGUGGAAGGAUGGGAGAGAGGUUUCUGGUUAUGGCAAGUGGAAGACCUGUUUGAGAUGUGGUGGUUUCAGCAAGGCCUCAGUUUCCUCCCUUCGGCCCUCGUGAUUUGGACGGCCGCCGCCUUCAUCUUCUCGUACAUCACCGCCAUCACCCUCCACCACGUCGACCCUGCUUUGCCUUACAUCAGUGACACUGGUACAGUCGCUCCAGAAAAAUGCUUGUUCGGGGCAAUGAUGAAUUUCGCCGCAGUUUUAUGCGUUGCUACCAUUUACGUUCGUUAUAAGCAAGUUCAGGCCCUGAGCCCUGAAGGGAAGUGUGUCCUCAGAUUAAACAAGGCUGGCCUCGUGCUUGGGUUGCUGAGCUGUUUGGGCCUUUCUCUCGUGGCCAACUUUCAGAAAACCACCUUCUUCACCGUGCACAUCUGUGGAGCCGUGCUCACCUUUGGCAUGGGCUCACUGUACAUGUUCGUGCAGACCGUCCUUUCCUACCAAAUGCAGCCCAAAAUCCACGGCAAACAAAUCUUCUGGAUCCGACUGCUGUUGGUGAUCUGGUGCGGAGUGAGUGCGUUUAGCAUGCUGACUUGCUCGUCCCUCUUGUACAGUGGCAGUUUUGGCACAGACAUAGUACAGAAGCUCCACUGGAACCCUGAGGACAAAGGCUAUGUGCUUCAUACGAUCACCACUUCAGCAGAAUGGUCUAUGUCGUUUUCCUUCUUUGGUUUUUUCCUGACCUAUGUCCGCGAUUUUCAGAAAAUUUCUUUACGGGUGGAAACCAGUUUACAUGGAUUAACCCUCUAUGACACGGUUCCUUGUCCUAUUAACAACGAACGAACACAUCUACUCUCCAGAGAGUUCUGAUGAAAGGAUAAAAUAAUUCUGUGAUGAUUAUCAUUCUCAGGGAUUGGGAAAAGAUUCAAGAGUUACUUCUGCUCUGAAAUUUCCAACCAAUUAAUCAAGGCUGACAGUGAUGGGUUCUGAUAAUCAAGAGAUGUGAAUUAAGCCAUUUUAUCAAUUAUUUUAAAGGAUAUCUUCAAGACGAUCAUGUAAAAAACAUUUAUGCCUAUACUUUUUUUAAACUGAUAAGAACAGAUACUACACUUGAUCUUAGCCAAAAGGCCAAGAAGUGAUCCUAUACUUUUUUUAAAUCCCAGAAAAUAAAACCAAAGGACUAAAGCACUGUAGAGUUUUUCUUCUACUUUAUUUAAGCAAAACACCAGAAAUGCACCAACAAUUUGCAAAACCCAGCAUUUUUACGUUUUAGAAAUUAUUGUAAAGAAAUUCUUUUCCCUGGAAUCCACCUAGAAAGGGAAGCAGACCCGGAUUCACGGGAACACUGUCAUUGCUUCAGCUUCGCACAAGUGGUUUUGAAGUUAUUCACUCGGUUCCUGCCACAAGGCCAGAUCCUGUGCCAGCUGGUCUGUCACACAUCGUUGCAAUGAUUUCAUGAAGCUCAGUCUCUGGUGUGAGAUUUUAAUUCCAAUUGAGAGAAGCAGCUACAGUUGAAUUUACUCCCCUCAUGUUUCACAUAAAACAAAGGUUAGUGUUCAUUCACAAGGCUAAGAAGUUGGUGAAUAACAGCAGAUCAUUAAGAAGAUUAGCUUAAACUGCAGUCAAGAGCUUUUUAGACCUUUCUUUAUAGCAAAUUAUAAUUACUUGUAAAAGUAGCCUUGGACAGGCAAAUACUGAGCCUUUUUACAGGGAUGUGAUCUUGUAGAACUCAAAUUCUAAAGGACACAACGAGCAACCCAAAGAAGCUAGGUGCAAGAUCAUUGUGAUACAUUUACCGAGACAGUUUUCUGUCCCUCUGGUCAUGCAAGCGAUUGAACAGCUUCUGCCCGAAUCCCUGUCUACACAGGUAAAAAAUGGUUUACAGAUCCCAGAUAAAAUUCAAAAGAAGAAAAUGCUCAUUUGAAGGUAUCUGGCGACAACCUGGUUUGCAAAAGAAUCACUGUAGAAGAUGAACAAGGUUUAUCUUUUUAGAAGGAAAUAGUUCUACAGCCAGAAUAAAAGAGGAGAGGAAGCAAUUUAAAGGAAAAUGGUUAUAUGGUGGGACCAGAGAGCUCAAUGGAUGAGUAAGAUGCUAGAAUAGGACUCAGUGUUUCUGAAGAGUUCUGGACUAAGACCAAAUGGAAUAAAAUCCUGUUUAUAUCAAGCAACAGUGAACAUGGGAGACAUUUCAAUAAACAUCGAUUAGCAUCACUAGAAGAAAAACUGGGUGUGAAGUUUAAGAAACUGUUACUGUGUCUCUGCAAGUCGUAGUGCAACCACACCUGAGAAAUGGCACGUAGUCCUGAUUGCUGUGUAUCAAGGAAACGAAUUCAGUCACGAAGACCACAGUACGUAUGGGGAAAAUUGAUAGCAUUAACAUUCAUGAAAAUAUAAAUUAUGUGUGGGUGAGGAGACACAGGGAAGAAUGUUAACUUGUAUGUUCAUAUUAGAAUAUUAGGUUAAAGAUAUACGCUAACACAUUAAAUUAUUUUAAAAUAAAAAUGUUACUUUGAUUGUGUUUUAAUUCCAUUGUUCAUCUUUUAUCCUUAGAAAUAACAUAGACUCAAUAAUAAGUUCAAGAAGGGGUUAUAAUUAGAAAUUUUUGAAUAUCUGUUUAUCCCUCACCUUAAGGCUUAAGUAAUGGAAGAUAACUACAUACUCCCUCAAAAUAUACUUGUGCUUUGCCUCCACUGUCAGAUACAAUAGGUUGACUGAACAAAUAAUACACUUCUCUUUAAUUCAAUUAACGUUUUUGUAUUGAAUGCUUGGCUUUAAAAGUAAGAGGUUUUAGGCUGACGACAUUAGCACUAUGAACUGACUGUGCAAAUCCAUUUCUUUUUUGUCCUGGGGAAACAGCAGAUGACAUUUCCCAGACUCCUUUUCAAUUGAGAAUCGGCACAAGACUGAAUUUUAGCUGGUAAAAUAUAAAUGAAAUGGAUGUGUUUGAAAAACGAGAAUGCUCUUCCACAAUUUUUUUUCCUUGUGCCAGUUGGAUAUUGAUUAGGAGAUGACACAGUCACAUGAUAGAAGGAGCCUGUACUAGUCCACUUUUAACCAGAUAUUGGAAAUUCAAACUAGAAAUCCGAUAUAAUUUAGGCAUCUUUUUAUCCUUUUCAUGUACUAAGGUUAUAGUGUGUAUUUCUAGAACACUGUCAUAUAUGUAUUAUAAAUGCUUAAUGGAUUUAUGAAAGGGGAAGACAGCUUUUCCUAUCUCUUCUGCAGUGUCCUCUGCAGACUCUCUGUGAAAUGAAGUUCAGUUACUACUAUCGACUUAUCUGUGCCCUUGUAAACCCAUGAUAUGCAGUUGGUUUUAGAAAAGAAUGUACUCAUUUAUUAGGAAGGCUCUUUCCAAGGCAUCAGGAGUCAUAAGCAGUUCUUUCCUCCAGAAGGUAUGGUGAUUCAGAGAGUUUGCCUUGUCAGAAAGCCUGAGUGGAAUAUAGAGAGAAUGCCUGAAAUGCAGCGUGACCGAAAAGCACAGAGAUUUUACUGAAAUCUCACCCAAUGCUCAGAUCCCAAUCUGUGCUGAAAGAUUUGUCCACUUAAAAUACUUAAGCAACUGGUAAAGUGAAUCAAACCAAAGCAGCAACAAAGCUAAUUUCCGCCUCAACUACAGAUAUGAUUAACUCCGCCUCCCAUUCCAGGAGUCCCACGAAGUAACAGGCAUGCCCUUUACUGGAGGUAACUUACUUAUUUUCACACCUACUCUGCUUUUAUACAAAAUAUCCAGCAUACAGUAAGAAAUCAGGACAUGCAAAGACGCAGAAAAAUGUGAUCCAGAAAGGAAACAGCCAAUAAAAGCAAACACAGAGAUUCCCAGAUGUUGCAAUUAUUGGGUAGAUAACUAUGAUAAAAAUGCUGAAGGAACUAGUGAAAAUAGUGGAAAACAUACAUGAAAAGAUGGGGACUUUCAGCAGAGACAGGCACACCUUGAAAAGUACAAGAAAGUUCCACAAUUGGAUAUGAUUACACAUAGAGAAAAGGGUGGAUAAAGUUGAAGAUGGUAUUUGAAAGUAUAAAAACUGAAAAUUUGAAAAGAGUAAAAAUAAAACCAGCAUGUGAGUUUUGAAGGCAAAAUCAAGUAGACUUACGUCUCGUAAUUGAGGUUCAAGGCCUUAAAUCUGUAACAACCUUCAGAAGAGAAUAAAGAGGAUGGUAGAGAAGAAAUGUUUGAAGACAUACUGGGAAUUUUUCCAAAAUGGACAUUAGUGAAGAGAAAAUUGGCAAAUUCAAAUGAGUUUUUUAAAAUGACUGAUACUAGUCAACACCUAGCAAGGCUAAUAUAUGAGGUUAAGUGGUGUUCUCCCCAAAUUCAUGUUCAUCCAGACCUUCAGGGUGUGAUUGUAUUUGGAAAUAGGGUAUUUGUAGAUGUAAUUAUUUAUGAUGAGAUCAUACUAGGUUAGGAUGAACCCUAGAUUCAAUGAUUAAUCUAUGAGAAAACUACCUACCUCGUGACACAGAAAUGGAGAAGGCAAAGUGAAGACGAUCAGAGCCUGGAGUAAUGCAGCCUCGAGCUAAAAAAUGCCAAAGGUUUCCAGCAACCAGAAACUAGGAAGAAGUGGGAAAGGGUUCUCUCCCACAGCCUGCAGAGGGAGCCUUGAUUUGGGAUUUCUAUCCUCCAGAAAUACGAGAAUAACUUUCUGUUCUUGCAGGCCACCCAGUUUAAAUGGUACUGUGUUAUGACAGCCUAGGAAACUAGGGGGAAAAAACCUGAUCAAGUAAAAAAGAGAAAACACAAAUUACUAAUACCAGGAAUGAAAAAAGGGACAUAAUUUCUUAGCUAUGUGACAUUAAGGGUAACAAGAGCAGGUUAUGGACAACUUUAUCCCAAUAAAUUCAACAAUUUGAAUGAAACUAAUGUAUUUUGCAGUGUAAGUUGUCAAAAGUGAUGCAAGAAGAAUAAAUCUAAAAAUAGCUCCAUGUUUAUUAAAGUGUUGAGUUUGUAAUCACAGAUCUUUCCCAGAAGAAAACUUCAAGCCCUGGUUACUUCACAGAUGAAUUUUAUCAAAUAUUUAAGUUAGAAAUGAUACUAAGUUCUACACAAACUCUCUGAAGGAACAAAGUGAACUUUUCAACUUGUUAUAUGAGGCUGGCAUAACCCCAGUAACAAAACUUGACAGAUCUGAGAAAAGAAAAACAUUCAUGUCCCUCAUGAAUAUAGCUGCAAAAAAUACUUAACAAAAUAGUAGGAUAUGGGGCUUAGCAAGGAAAAACAAAUGAUACAGUGUGACCAAGUAGAGUUUAUCCCAGCAAUAUAAUUUAUACAAUGACAUAAAGGAGAAAACUCAGAACAAAAAUUUGAUGAAAUGGAACACUUUUAGGAUAAAAACCCUGCCAAACCUGAAACAAUGUCACCACUUUUUAACAGGCACUUAUAAAAUCUAACAGCUAAUUAAUGGUUUAAUAUUAAAUCCCUUUCUUCCAGGAUUGGACAAAAGGCAAAUAUAAUUCUUGCCUUCUAUUCAACAUUGCAGUGGAAAUCUCACUCACUGUGACAUGAAAAAAGGGAUAAUGCAUGUUUACAAAAAUCCUAUGAAGUUUUAAAAACUAAUUUUAGAACAAUAAGUGUACUUAGGUCGUUGGAUAGAAAUUCAAUAAUGCUGAUAAACUACAAUUCUGUAAUAACACUCAAAGCCUGAAAUAUAGACUAUUAUCUACAAUGUAUAAAACAGUCAUACAACUAGGAACAAAUCUAAUGACAUGUAAGAUCUUUACACUGAAAUUUGCUAUUUAAAGAAUUCUAAAAUACCCAAUGGAAAUUGCUGUUAAGAACUCUAAAAUACCUAGCCACAGUCAUUGUACUGCUUAACUGUUUUGAUCAGCAGUGGUCUGCAUACUGACAAUAGUGGUCCCGUAAGAUCCUAAUGGAGCUGAAGAACCAUCACCACCUCUUGACACAGCCAUCACACUGUAGUAGCACAGUGCUUUACACAAAUAUGUACAUUGUGUUACAGUGUGCAAUUCAGUGCCAUGCUGUAUAGCUUAGUAGCAUACACACCAUAGAGGAACAGAAUUUGAUACCUCAGAAUAUGUCUGGCCUAAGAAUUAGUUUAGACAGAUGUGGAAGAAACUUUGAAAAAAACAUGGAGUUACUUUUUGUAAAAGACAUUUACAUUUUAAUGGGAAAUCUCCAUUUAUAAAAUAUCUCUUGCUACACCAAGGAAGAUGACCUUAUCUUGACAAAUUCUUAAAAAUGCAGAAGACGAGGACUCAAGUCUGUAACAACCUUACCCUUGUUGCUGUGCUUUUCCUGUAACCUUUCACAACUGACAGUCCUCGACCCCACACCUUUUGUCUUCAGCCGAGAGGGUGUGUACAAUGGUGGCUUCAUCCAUGUCAACAAACGACUUUUUUUCUUCGUCUCUCCAAUGUAUUGCAGAAGGUAUACAUGUUAUUAAACUUUUAUUUGUUUUUC